AUGGAAUGCGCUCGUAAAUUUUUACGCAUUUUCCCAAGAAAUCCUCAAAUAUUUAUGCGCAGCAUAGCCAUGACGUCGUCAAGCCGUGCUAAAGAGGUAAUUGAACAGCUGAAAGAAACCAAUCCCUACUACUUCAAGUAUGCUGACAAGAUAGCCAAAAUGCAACAAACAUCGGCCGAAGAGUUCUUGGAUCGCAUUGAGCGCGUUAUGAAUCCCAUCGUUGACGGAAAAAGUCAGGCUAGAUCUUACUCGGAGCUAUUGCAUCCCAAAGAAAAGUUGGCCGCGGAACAAGCUGAAUUGCCCCACAAGAAGCUGACCGACAUCAUGAAGAUGGAGCUGAUUGCUGAUAAGAACGCCGAGGAGAUAUCGCAAAUCUGGAUCGAAUACCAUAAAACCAAGGAUGUUCUAGCUGCCACUCUGACAAAGGCCCAAUACGAGACACUUAUUGGACGAGCUAAGGAGCAUCCCAUCUUUUUGUUGCCACUGCCACGCAGUGAGGGCUUUGAGUUCAUCCUGAUGCAGUUUGCCGCAAACUCGGUUCAUUUUACUCCGCUGCUGGCCUAUCAGGUGCAUCAUGAGAAUGCACCCGAAUGCCUUACACUGGUCCAUUACACCGAGAUGCAGGACAAAGGAAUCAUACUAAUGCGUGGCGAAUACGACACAAAGGUUCUAACUGCACAGGAGGCGCAGUGUUUGGCGAAUGAGCUGCAAAUGUUUUACUAUAAGACAGACGAGAAUAAGUUAAAAUUGCUAGAGACAUUCACCAAACGUCCAGAUGAGUUCAAGCACAUGGAUCUCAUAAAGGAAGUUGAAAACAUACAACUGGUUUAAGCUUAAAUCAAGUUCUAUCUUAAGAUUGAUUAAACUAAAACUAAAUCGAAACGAAUGAAGAACAGAAAAUUUUAAAUUGUCUUGGUUCGACAUUGUAAAUUGAAAGCCCAGCUGUUUGCCAACUGUUAAAGCCAUUGAUGAUGAAGAAAACAGCAACAUUUACCAUAUAUUCAUGGGUAUUUUGCAAUGAACAUUUAAGUUUAAUUUAACAUUCAUAUUUUAAGUAUUUUUUGGUAUUUUUGCUACCAGAAAUUGUUGUAUACAUUUAAACUAUUGCUCCAAACUGAUGCAACAAGAUCCUAAACCUUAUACUCUCUCUUCGCUCAAUCAUUAAAACAUUUCAUCUUCA